UUCCUCAAACCUUUCAAAAAUUCGACCUUCCAGGGAGCUGCGUAUUGCACAGUCAAAUGAGGAUGGAAGUAAUGCAAGUACUUCACAUGAAUGGGGGAAAUGGCGAGAAUAGUUAUUCUCGAAAUUCAACGGUUCAGCGCAAAAUCAUAUCUUUGGCAAAGCCUAUUGUUGAGGAAGCAGUGCUACAAAUCAUGAACAACAAUUAUCCAGAGAGCAUGGGAAUUGCAGACUUGGGUUGCUCCUCGGGACCAAACACCUUGCAAUUGAUAUCUGAAAUCCUAAGCAUUCUCAACUCCAAAUGCAGCCAGCUCGGCCGUCCCUUGCCCGAGUUGAGGGUGUUCCUGAAUGAUCUUUUCAACAAUGAUUUCAAUGGCAUUUUUGUGUCCUUGCCUGCAUUCUACGACAGGAUUAAGGUAGAGAAUGGCAUUAGGUCCUACUCAUGCUUCAUAUCCGGUGUACCGGGUUCUUUCUACGGCAGAUUGUUCCCUAGCAACAGUCUCCACUUGGUGCAUUCCUCUUCUAGUCUCCACUGGCUCUCCCAGGUCCCAACUGGGCUGGAGAACGAUGCUAGGGAGGCCUUGAACAAGGGAAAGAUCUUUAUCUCCAAGAACAGCCCACAGAUUGUGCUGGAUGCUUACUCGAUGCAAUUCCAAAAGGAUUUUUCUCUGUUUCUAAGUUCUCGAUCAAGAGAAACGGUCUCCGGAGGGCGCUUGGUCCUUUCAUUCAUGGGCAGGGCAUCCACCGACCCCACCUCCGACGAGGAAUUCUAUCACUGGGAAUUAUUAGGACAGGCACUUAUGAGCAUGGCUAAAGAGGGUUUAGUGGAGGAGCAAAAGGUUGAUUCCUUCAAUGCGCCAUACUAUGCACCGUGCCCGGAGGAAGUCAGGGCAGAGACAGAAAAGGAAGGGUCAUUUGUGAUUGAUCGCCUUGAAGCCUUUCAAAUUGAUUGGGAUGGAGGAGGCAGGGAGGUGUUUGAAGCAGCAGUGGCAGCACAGCGAGUGGCGAAGACCAUCAGAGCGGUGGUGGAAUCGAUGCUGCAAGCUCACUUUGGGAAGGAUAUAAUGGAUGAUUUAUUCCGAAGGUUUCAAGAGCUGGUUGAGGAUCACCUGUCCAAGACUAGAGCCUACUACGUUAAUUUGGUAAUUUCCAUGAUUAAAAAGUGAUAAACCAAUUAACAAAUUAGAAAUUGUUGCAGACAAAGAGCAUGAUGCGAUCUGAUCAAAAUCCUUGUAACAUCUGUCAGCUACAAUGUAAAAGUUUCUUGGGACUAUUUUCAAUUCAAAGUUCUAUUUCUAAUAGUAGUAUUUUGUUGCCAACAAAUUAAAUCGUUGAAA